AUGUCGACGCAUGCACCGGAGAAUAUACGCCUACCUACACCUACAGCCUCAGAGCAUGAACCCGUCAGUGGAGAAAAUGGGUCAAAUUUAGUUUCACAACAAACAAAUCCCAACACCAAUGCUGGCCCCACUGAAGCGACCACAACAACUCCAACGCCUGGGCGAAUAGCUUUGGACCCAGUGAUUCAACGCAUCAUCACCUCUUCAGAUAUACCAUUGCCGCCUCCCCGUCAGCCCCGUCAGCCAGCACGACCACCCAUAAGCACCCGAAUCAGGCGUGCGCUUGGUCUUGCCACUCCUAAAGCAUCGCUGGCCUGGCGCUUGGGUUUUGGCACCUCCGAGCUCAUUGUCAUAGCAGUCUUGCUCGGGCUUUCUUCCCGACCUGAUAGUGUUCCCCCCGAUGGGCGGCCAUUGGUCGAUGGAGGGUUUGGGAUGAGCCAGUGGCAGGCGUGUGAUCGCCCAUUAGGCGCUUGGAAUAUUGUUUGGGCUGUCAAGGCGUUUUUAGGGUUGGGCAUGGCAUGGUGGGAUACGGAUCAAUUACUUGCUGUGGAACGUGCGAGACUCAGCCGCCCAACAUCUCCCAACGGACCGAUAGCUUCUCGCUCUCUCCCUCAUCAUUGGACUAUGGGCGCUGGUAGAGAGGAAGAUUUAGAUAUGAUCGACGCAACGAUGAGUGGUUCCCCUCGGUCUAUCGAAAUCGUACAAGGAAUGAGGAGGAUCAGAGAAAGGCGAGAACAUGAGGAGCGUUGGUAUUCACGAUGUUCAUCCUUCCAAGUCCUUUAUGGAUUGGUCUGGUUUGUUACCGCCAAUAUACUCCUAUAUGGGUCAAUCGCCUCAUGUCGAUACACUUCUCCUUAUAUUUGGUGGCUUACUUUUGCUCUCCUGUGCCUUGGAUAUUUGGUUGUCGCCGAGAUGCUUUUGGUAGCAUUAGUAGUAUUUGUGAUUGGUUACUAUCAACAUAAUUUUGACCGCAUACCUCUCGUCAUGUACAUCCCUACCGCCACAGCCACGACAGAGCCAACAGAGCCAACAGCGCCCGAGCCCGCGCAUGUAUACCCUCCAGCCACCUCCGUGCCCACUACACCCACCGCUCCCAAACGUCGAUUUUUCUUUCUCAAAAAGAAACCGAAAAAGUCCAACACGGAUCAGAGCAAGAAUCAACCAGACGAUGUGGAAGCCGCCGAGUGGGAAAAGAACGAGUAUCCUUUUGUGAAGCUCGAAGCGAACCGGGCGGCUUGUGCUAUUUGUCUGACGGACUUUGAACCUCCGAGAAGGGUUGGGGAGGACGGAGAAAGUGCGGCUGAACCGUUGCGGUUACUGGCGUGCGGACACGUGUUUCACAAAGAGUGCCUCGAUCCGUGGCUGGUUGAUGUGUCUGGUAGAUGCCCGACGUGCCAACGACCGGUCGAAGAAGGAGAUUUGAACCCCGAGGAAGGAGCCAAGAAGAAAAAACGUCGCUGGGGUCGUGGGUGA